AUGAGCAACUACUCAACGGUGCCACUGCAAGAUGACGGCGGCCCCAGCGUGUCCUAUGGCUCAAUCGAAAGCAACCCCGUGCAGAAGCAUCCCCGUGUCUUUCGAUGGUAUGCAAAGAUGGCCAUGAUCAACUUCGUCGAGUUCGCGGCUGAAGCGUCACGCGGUGUUGUGCUGGCCACGCUCUUCCUCUACAACAAGUCUCUGGGCGGAGACCUGGCCUUCAUGGGUCUGCUCACGUCGCUCUUCUCGGUGGGGAGACUCAUUUCGUCAAUGUUAUUCGGCUGGAUGUGCGACCACUACUCGUUCCGCUCGGUCUACUUGUGGUCGUCGGGUAUCUGUCUGCUGGGCAACGUCAUUUAUCUCAUUGCUGACCAGCACGUGACCGGCAGCUUGACGGUGCUGGCCGCGAGUCGAUUCAUCGUCGGCUUCGGAGCCGGCAACCGCAGCGUCUGUCGUGCGGAUGUCGCCGCGAUGACGACGGUUAGCCAGCGUUUGCCGUACAUGACAAUUCUAUCAACGGUCGAGUUUCUCGCGUAUGCGCUCACACCCGGACUAGGCAGCCUCGUAGCCAACAGCGACAAGUUUGUGCUUGGCAUCCACAUGAAUCAGUUCACAGCCCCAGGCGUCAUCUUGGUCGUCCUGAAUGUUUUGUCCAUUGUGGGCAUGCUCAUUGCGUACGAUGUUUCAGUGAAAGUUCACGACGGUCCUCAAGAGUCUGCACCGACAACCCAGGCAAGCAACGCGCGGGCCAACACUAUCAGCUUGCCGGAUCGGAUCGUUAAAAUCGGCGCUUCAGUGUACAUCUUCCUGAACUUCAAUGCGAGGGGAAUGCUGUCGGUCUUCGAGACGGUGAACAUCCCGCUCUUCCUAGAGGCCACAGGAAAAGAUCCGAGUACGGUGAGUGCUGUCGUGGAGGCCUCGAACUUUCAGUUCUACUUGGGCCUGCUCGGUCUGGUGUCGUACUUCUCGAUCGAGUACUUCAGCAAACGCAUGUCGGACGUCAGCUGGGUGCAGCUGGGAUUCCUGUCACUACUUGCUGGCAAUGCAGUCUUGGCGGUGGUGCCCUCCGCAGACCUGUCGGUUGCGCUGCUCGCGACAGCUGAGAUGCUGGUGUGGAGCGUGGGGUGCCCGAUUACGACUGCGGUGGGCGUGGCGGCCUUCUCGAAGUUGCUCGGAGGGCGCCCGCAAGGCACGCUGAUGGGUUUGUUCGGCUCGGCCGCCUCGGUCUCCCGCAUCAUCUUGCCUCUCAUCCCCGCCGCCAUCCCGACGCUGGCGCCGGUGUUCUGGAUCAACGUUUCGCUGAGCGUACUCAGCUUGUUGAUGCUGUGGUGGUUCAAUGGACUCGAGCGCAAAACGAGGAUGGACUUGCUGGCCGACACCGAAAAGGUUUACCCUCCCAGCGUCGUCGUCGCGAAAGACAGGCUCUGA